AUGGAGGACGCCGGCGUCCAGAGGGGAAUAUGGGACGGGGACGCCAAGACGGUCCAGCAGUGCUUGACUGACAUUUUCACCAGCGUUUACACCACCUGCGACAUUCCGGAAAAUGCCAUUUUCGGCCCCUGCGUCCUGAGCCACACGUCCCUGUACGACAGCAUUGCCUUCAUCGCCCUCAAGUCCACCGACAAGCGCACCGUCCCCUACAUAUUCCGGGUGGACACCUCGGCGGCCAACGGCUCGUCGGAGGGGCUGAUGUGGCUGCGGCUGGUGCAGUCGGCGCGGGAGCGGGAGGAGCAGAACCUGGAGGCCUACAUCAAGAGCGGGCAGCUCUUCUACCGCUCCCUGCGCCGCAUCGCCAAGGACGAGGAGCUGCUGGUGUGGUACGGCAAGGAGCUCACGGAGCUGCUGCUGCUCAGCCCCGCCCGGGCCCCCGCCCGCAGCAACGGCUCGCCGCCCUUCGCCUGCCCGGAGUGCAGCCAGCGCUUCCAGUUCGAGCUGCCCUUCGCCGCCCACCUCCGGUUCCGCUGCCCCAAGAGGCUGCACGGCCCCGACACCGGCCCCGCCGCCGAGGCCCCCAGCGGCAAGGACGGCGCCGGCAAGGAGCAGGAGGCCGGCAAGUACUGCAAGCCCGGCGGGCCGCUCCACCACCCCUUCCCCGGGGCCGACGGCGGCGGCUCCGCCGCCAGCACCAAGCCCUCCACGGACUUCCACAACCUGGCGCGGGAGCUGGAAAACUCCCGCGGCGGCCACGGCGGGUCCCGGGCGGCCGGCGGCCCCGAGGGCGGCCCCGAGCCGUCGGCCGGGAAAGCCAAGCGGCGGUACCCCGAGGAGGAGGAGCGGGGGCCCGGGGCGGCGGCGCGGGGCCGCUUCCCGGCGGAGCGGCCGGGGCUGCCCUCGGCGCCCAAGGAGGAGCCGGUGUGCGCCCCGCAGCAGCAGUACCGGGCGGCCGGCUCCUACUGCGGCUUGGAGGAGGGCGGCCGCCUCUUCGCGCCGCCCAGCCCGGAGACGGGGGAGGCCAAGCGCAGCGCCUUCGUGGAGGUGAAGAAGGCGGCCCGCGGCCCCGAGCCCGACGGCGGCGGCCCCGAGGACGGCCAGGAGCGCGGCUCCCCCGCCGCCCCGGGGGCGGGCGGCGGCGAGCCGGGGCUGUGCCCCCGCGGCGGGCCCGGGGGUCCGCUGGCCGCCCGCCUGGAGGGGGGCAGCCCGGCGCGGGGCAGCGCCUUCACCAGCGUGCCGCAGCUCGGCGGCGGCGGCCCCGGCCCCGGCCCCGGCGGCGGGGCGGAGGAGCGGAAGAGCGCCUUCUCGCAGCCCGCCCGCUCCUUCCCCCACGUCCCGCCGCUGGUGCUGGGCCAGAAGCUGGGCGGGCUGGGCGAGCCCUGCCCCGACGGCGCCGCCGCCCCCGCCCGCCUCUACGCCGCCGAGGCGCUGGCCGUCAAGCUGCCGGGCGGCGGGGAGGCGGCGGGGGGCGGCGGCGGCGGCGGGGGCGGCGGGCGGCGGCGGGGGGGGCUGCCGAAGCAGAGCCCCUUCCUCUACGCCACCGCCUUCUGGCCCAAGAGCUCGGCGGCGGCGGCGGUGGCGGCGGCGGCGGCGGGGCCGCUGCAGCUGCAGCUGCCGUCGGCGCUGACGCUGCUGCCGCCGUCGUUCACCUCGCUGUGCCUGCCGGCCCAGAACUGGUGCGCCAAGUGCAACGCCUCGUUCCGCAUGACCUCGGACCUGGUGUACCACAUGCGCUCCCACCACAAGAAGGAGUACGCGCUGGAGCCCCUCGUCAAGCGGCGCCGCGAGGAGAAGCUCAAGUGCCCCAUCUGCAACGAGUCCUUCCGCGAGCGCCACCACCUCUCCCGCCACAUGACCUCGCACAACUAG